UGAUGAUGGACGAGGGUGGUCUGCAAGUAAUGACUGAAAACAUGCUUCAGUGCUGCUGCAAAACACGUGCGCGUCCGAUCCGUCCACUGUCAUACAGUAGCCUUAAUAGGUUUACCAAGCUACUAUCGCUUAUUUCUCCAAAACGUCCUAUCAGGUAGUCGCCUCUAUUUAUAACAUUUAAGUUACUGCUAAAGGGUAUCACUGUGUGAAUAUUCUCUGCAUUAGCGGCAUAAGCAUGGAUACGUACCGGUACAGUUAUUUUCUACCAAAGAAUCGGCCACCAUCGUUGGGGUGGACGCAAAUGACAGAGGAAGAGAUGUCCUGAUUGAUGGACGAGUUAAUGCUCCGCUCUUGCCUUAUUUGGCGUCGUGCGAGAAAAAAAAGUUUUAAGACUUUUUUUUCAUCUUUUUGAUUU